UGUCUAUAUUUGACCAGUUCAGACUCGUUUUGAGAAACAAAGGACUCGUGUGUUGGCUAGUGUGGCGAACAAGGGUCUCAAGUGGGUCAGACGGCAAACUUUUAAUUAAAGUUCUUCAGAAACACGAAAUACGGUUGCAAGAAAUCAAGAUGCAUGGUUUGUAUUCCCUGUUCGUCAGUCUUCUCCUGGCCCUGAUGGUCAUCUCCACAGAAGCUGGCAAGGGAAAGAAAGGACAGAAGGGAGCUUCUGAAUGCACAGAAUGGCAGUAUGGAAGCUGUGUGCCCAACAUCGGUGACUGUGGGACGGGUAUGCGGGAGGGCACCUGCAACCUCCAAGUCAAGAAGCUCAAAUGCCAUGUGCCCUGUGGAUGGAAGAAGGACUUUGGUGCUGACUGCAAGUACAGAUUUGGGAGCUGGGGGGAGUGUGACUCCACUACUGGGACCAAGAAUCGGGUUGGCACCUUGAAGAAGGCCUUGUACAAUGCAGAGUGCCUGGCAACCCGGGAGGUGUCCAAACCCUGCCACUCAGCAAAUGGCAAAGCCAAGACGAAGGUCAAAGGAAAGAAGGGAAAAGGGAAGGAGAACUGAAGAGGCUCAGGGUCACAGGGGUGUGAGCAACACUAUGCCUUUUCCAGACCCCCCCCCCACCGAGCUUUUGACCCACCAUGACCAGCUUCCGUCUCUCAGACUACAAACGGGGUUGGAAAAAAGCACAGAGAUCUUGGCAAGGCUUUUAUAACGGAAUUGUUUUUUAUGUAUUUUAGUGGCUCUGCUCAUUCCUCCUUCAGCGUCUUUCUAGGUGUGAUCAACUAAAGAUGAACUGCAACCAACGUUUUACUGAACUAUAUCGGGGGCCCUUAGAGUCUGAAAAAUCAAGGCAUUUACAGCACCCAGUGCACACACCACCAUCUGCUUGUACCCCCUUUCAUUUUGAUAAAUGCUAUUGUUAAUUUGCCUGUUUCACUUGGAUCCAAUCAACUCCAGCAAAAGGUGAUUUGACCUGGACGUGAAAUUUCUAUAUGAAAAAAUAGGUUUCAAUGUUCAAUUGAAUUUUAUUUUUUCGUGGGGAAACCUUAGUCACAAAUUGUAGUUGGCAUUAUAAUAGAUGAGGUUUGUUUUGAACAAAACAUUGUUGCAGCAAUAAAAUGAAUUUUGGAUGCCUUUUGA